GGGGUUUGGAGCAGCGGGGCCUGAUUAUAAGCUCGCUUUCUAUGAUAGGGGAAGGAACGUGUGAGUAAAGAGUGGAGAGGGGAAUGUGAGAUGUCCCGUGGGUUGGUUUUGGUAUGCGACGGUGAGGGUAAUAGUGGGGUUUGGUAUGUGGCGAAAGAAGCAAAGAGAGACAGCUCGAUGGACGGUCCUGCAUGCACCAGCCUGGGUGUGGGUGCCUGUACGCGUCCUACGAGAUGAAGAGGAGGGGGGAAGGAGAGACGAAGAGAGCUCAUCCCAGAUCCAGCUCGUCAAAUAUCCAGAACGGGUUGCCAGUGGAUUCCAGCUCCAUAUUCUGACAGACAACAGAGGCCAAGCACGGGGAGCUACGCACAGCACAGACAAAGAGAGAGAAGCAAUAUGAAAAAGAAGAAGUAGAGUUGGUGUUUGUUGUUUGCCGCCAAGAUUCUGCCAGCGGC